AUGUCAAACAUUAUCCACAAAGUCAAGGAUGCCGUGACCGGCCACCACCAUGACAACGAUGACUCCAGAGCUUCUAAUGACUCCUCAAAUACCUACGGAUCCUCAAACACCACCACAGAUAACAGCUCCAACCAAUACACUUCCACCGGUGCAGGCUCCAACACUCAUGGCUCUUCCACAGGAGCUGGUGGCUACGGUACCGGCAGCAGUACAGGUACCCGCCAUGGCUCUGUCGCCACUGGAUCUGGAGCCUUUGGUACCGGCGCUGACACCCAUCGCCAUGUUGGCGAAAGCGGUGAAAUUGUCCAUGAUGCCAAGAAGGGUCCCAUGGAUGUGAGCGAAGCAAAGGCCUUGGACAGCCGCAGUGGAUCGAACGCUGCUAGUGGAUAUGGCUCAUCUAACACCGGCUCGAACACUGUCAAUGCCGGCCCUCACAACUCUAAGCUCGCCAACAAGCUUGACCCCCGUGUCGAUAGUGACCUUGAUAACCGAUCCAAGCACACCAGUACCACCGGUCACUCCACUGGACAAUCUGCAGUCGGCUCUAGCAACCCCUUGUCCGGCAGUGACAACUAUGGCAGCACCACUGGUCACUCCGCUGGCCAAUCUGGCUAUGCCUCUGGCAACCCCCUCUCCAGCAACACCACUGGCCAGACCGGCUACGGCUCCAGCAACCCUGUCACGGGCGGCAGCACCAUCGGCCACUCUGGCCAUGGCUCUAGCAACCCGCUGUCCGGCAGUGAUAACCUCGCCACCGGCCACUCCACCGGCCAAUCUGGCUACGGCUCCAGCAACCCUGUCUCGGGCAGCGGCGCCCUUGGCGGUAGCACCCUAGGCGGCACCACCACGGGCCACUCUGGUCACGGUUCCAGCAACCCGCUGUCCGGAAGCGACAACUACGGUAGCUCUGGAUACUCUACCGGCCAGUCCACCGGUCUCUCUGGCCAUGGCGCCAGCAACCCUCUCUCAGGCGGUAGCGCUCUCGGCGGCAGCACCACCGGCCACUCUGGCCAUGGCUCCAGCAACCCGCUGUCCGGUAGUGACAACUUCGGCAGCACUACUGGUCACUCCACCGGCCACUCCACCGGCCACUCCGGCUAUGGAUCCAACAACCCCGUCACUGGUGGUAGCGCCCUAGGCGGCAACACCACCGGUCUCUCUGGCCAUGGCGCCAGCAACCCUCUCUCAGGCGGUAGCGCUCUCGGCGGCAGCACCACCGGCCACUCUGGCCAUGGCUCCAGCAACCCGCUGUCCGGUAGUGACAACUUCGGCAGCACUACUGGUCACUCCACCGGCCACUCCACCGGCCACUCCACCGGCCACUCCGGCUAUGGAUCCAACAACCCCGUCACUGGUGGUAGCGCCCUAGGCGGCAACACCACCGGCCACUCUGGCCAUGGCUCCAGCAACCCGCUGUCCGGCAGUGACAACUUCGGCAGCACUACUGGUCACUCCACCGGCCAAUCCGGCUAUGGAUCCGGCAACCCUGUCUCGAGCGGCGCCCUUGGCGGUAGCAACCUCGGUGGCACCACCGGCCACUCUGGCCACGGAUCCAGCAACCCUCUGUCUGGCAGUGACAACUACGGUAGCUCUACCGGACAUUCUGCCGGCCAGCCUGGCUUCGGCUCCAGCAACACUACCAGCACCUACGAUGAACAAACUUCCAAGACUGGAAAGACAGCUGGUCCCCACGGUUCUGACCUUUUGAACAAGCUUGACCCCCGGGUUGACCAGAAUGAGCCUUCUGGUUAUCAGCGCCAGUACUAG